AUGCCUACUAUCACCGUGUUCAGGGGCCAAAGCGACGGUGUCGCUGUGAAAGGCACCACCACAAAGCCAGAUGAGCUUGUUGGUGACAAUGUCCUGUUGAGGGUGACUGCAUCUGGGGUGUGUGGAACUGACCUUCGCUAUAGAACGGCCCCUAUGGUCUUAGGCCACGAGGGCGUCGGGAUUGUGGAGGCCGUCGGUCCAGUUUGUCGGUCCCUGAAGCCAGGCGAUCGGGUCGGCUGGGGCUACGAAGUCGACAGCUGUAGUCACUGCAUGCACUGUGUCCAGGGAACAGAACAAUUCUGUCCCGGGCGCAGUCUCUACGGCAUGGCCAACCACGACCAGGGAAGUUUCGCCUCCCACGCCAUCUGGCGCGAGUCCUUCCUCCACAAGAUCCCAGACGGGCUCAGCGACGAGGAAGCCGCACCAUUACAGUGCGCCGGCGCGACCACCUUCGCCGCGCUCGAAAACAUCCGCCCCGGCGACACCGUUGGGAUCCUCGGUGUCGGCGGCCUCGGUCAUCUCGCCAUCCAGUUCGCGUCCAAAAUGGGCUGUCGCGUCAUCGUUCUCUCCAACUCAGAGCACAAGCGCGACGAAGCCAUGAGCCUCGGCGCGCACGAAUUCGUCGCUAUUAAAGACGCCACCCAGUUGCAGGCCUCUUUGCCCUUGAACAGACUUCUCGUUACAGCUUCCGUACCCCCCAGAUGGGAUCUGAUCCUCCCUAUCAUGGCGCCCCAGUCCACAGUCUACCCGCUGUCCGUCACACAGGGAAACUUCGAGGUGCCGUACAUAGCACUGAUUCUGAAAGGCAUCGCCGUGAAAGGAUCGCUUGUCGCGUCGCGGAACCAGCACCGCAAGAUGCUGGAAUUCGCGUCUUUGCAUCAGGUGAAACCGAUCGUGGAGAAGUUUCCCAUGACUGAGGAAGGUAUUAAUCAGGCUAUGGCCGCCUGUAUGCGCAGGGCCUUCGAGCCUCUGGCUACCCUCCUAGCUACCCUUCUCCUGUCCUGUCUGCUUCCUCCAAUGCUUCCAGUCCCCAUUCAUUGUCUAUCUGGGCUCUUUCUGCCACCCGCUGCGGAUGCCCCCGAGGAAGAGCUACACUGUGUCUACGACCCGGCCGAGAUUCUGAAUCCCUAUUUCCAAGGCCAGUACUGCGACCCUUUCAGCUCUCAGGCCGAUCCUUGUACACUGGGAAAUUACGCCGUCUACGCGAUCAAUGUCACCGGCGUAGCUGACAUCCAGGCUGGACUCGCAUUUGCGACCCGCCACGGCCUUCACUUGGUUAUCAAGAACACAGGCCAUGACCUGCUGGGGAAAUCCACCUGGCGAGGGGCUCUGUCGCUGUGGACCCACAACAUGAAAAACCUUGACUUUAUCGACAGCUACGUGGGCGACAGUCCAUACACGGGAUCCGCAGUUCGCAUCGGAGCAGGUAUCAUGUUCGAGUACCUUCUCCCUGCGGCGGCGGCUCGAGGGAAGCGUGUGCAUCCGGAUCUGUAUUGGGCCCUCAGUGGCGGCGGCGCAGGGACCUUUGCCGUCGUAGUGUCAAUGACCACCCGCACGUAUGAUGAUGGGCUCAUGAAAGGCACCGAGUUUACCAUCUCCGACACCAACAUACCUGCCUUCUGGAACACCGUGGACCUGUUUCAGUCCAGCUUAGCCCCCGUAGUAGAUACCAUAGCCACGCUGACCUAUCUCAUCUAG